AUGAUUAUUUUUUUUUCUAUUGUAGCCACAGAACCAUCAGACACAAGACAUGAUAGGACUCGAAGGUUCCAAAAUCAACUGGCUUCCUUACCUGUCAACACUGAAGUGGUCACAAGUUUGACAUCGUUUUACAAUGUAAACAACUUUAUUGCUAUUCAUGCAGUAUGUGGAAAUCCACAUGGGGAAGAUUUGACAGGAACAACAGAUGAUGAUGAUGAUGAUAAUGAUGAUGAUGACUUUAACAGUGACCCGAAUUAUGGAUUCAGUGACUUAGCUUCCCAGGAACAUGGAAGUUAUAACAGUGGUCCCUCAAGUGACAUCAGAUUGAAUGACAAUCUGGACUUGUCACAACUGGAUGCUGGUGAUGGAGUGAUGGGAUGCAUGGGUGCAGGGAGGGGAUGCACGGGUGCAGAGUUGUGCACUUCUGGGAGAUACAACCAAGGUCCAAGCAGCUUGCCUGAGGGUGCGGAGUACUGUAUGACCGGUGAAGCAAAUGAACAGACAGGAUUGAAGACAGCAGCUCCAUCACGUUUAGCUGAAGAACAUCGGGAGGCACAGCAGCAUCCUGCCUCAAACUGUGGCGAGUACUUUCCUCUUCAAACCAACUCGUCCGGCUACAUAACAGAAGCAAUCAGCGCUGCCAAUCUAAGAGAUCAACAGAAUAGGUUUCGUCCAAUACUGGAGGCCUUUCUUGAAGCAUUGCAAACUAACCGAAAAAAUAACCAGCAGACAACAGGGCAACAGGUGGAAGACGAAGAUGAGAUUCCAUCAACUGUGGCUACUGCGAUCAGUCUCCAGCCCCACCCUGUAGUCAUACCCCAGCAUCUGCACUGGCUGUAGUAGUAGCAGCAGCGGGGAGCAACAGGGAUGAAGAAGACGAUGAAGUAGCUGGGAGUGAUGAAGAGUUGGGACAAGAUAGUACAGAUAAUUAAAUGUAUGUUGUUAAAUAUUGAAAACUGAGAGUCAUAUUGAACAUGGUAUAACAAAAAAAUUCAAAUGGUAAUGAGUGAGUAAGUAAGUGAUCGAGUGAGCGGUUUAGUUUUUUGCCACUUUUAGCAAUAUUCCAGCAAUAUCACUGCAAGGGGACACCAGAUGUUAAUGAAUUGUGGUCUGUUUACCUGUAUGACAACAAUGUAAAGGUAUGUUAAACCAGUUUCAUUGUAUUUUGCCCUGAUAGCAUAAGACUUCUAUACAGGUAUAGCUCAAUUUUAGUCAGGAUUACGAAGUUAUUUAUUCUGUGAGCAUCAUGCUUGUAUUAAGUAAUCAGUUUGUGUAUCAUCUAAUAACCGGGAUAUCUGUCUUAAGUCAACCAGCAUAGUUACAGCAAGCAAUUAUAUCUAAAUUCUAUCAUAGUAGGAAAUAAUUGUAUUUCAUGAUUUUGUUGGUUUAGUAGAUUAGGAGUUCCAUGUUGUUAAAGACAACCGAAGAGGACUAAAUAAAGUCCAAUCAGUAGGACUGCACGGUAACCAUUAUGGCAACAUACCUGUGACUUUCAAAUGAUAUGUCUUGCAAUAUGUUUUCUGAGAACCAAUAUUUUGGGUAAAAAUACAUAUGAAGUUAUUAUCUCUAAAGUUUAAAUUACAAUCUACACAGACUUUCGUUCACAAAGGAUGCUUUCCUUUGUAAUUCGUUGACAAUAUGACAUACCUUAAUGCUAUAAAUUGUAUAAAAAUGAAAAUAGAAUCCUUAACGAUCCAACUGAUCAGAACAUGUUAUUAUAGCAUCUGCAUGUACAAUCACUGUCGCUCACUGUCAAACACUUCAGCUCCCAAUAUAUCGCGAUACAUAUCGCAAUGCUGGGUACCUGAAUUGCAAUAGAUCACAAUAUUUACUAAUCAUG